AUGGCAGGGGGCAGCUGGGGGAGACUGGCAUGGCUGGCAUGGCUGGCAUGGCAGGCAGCAGGGGCAGCAGGGGGAGACUGGCAUGGCAGGGGGCAGCAGGGGGCAGCAGGGGGAGACUGGCAUGACUGGGGAUGGCAGGGGGAGACUGGCAUGGCUGGCAUGGCAGGGGCAGCAGAGGGCAGCAGCGGGAGACUGGGUAAACCAGACCUGAACACAGGUCUUCCUAUCAGACAGACAGCCUCCAUCUUUAAGCAGCCCGUCACCAAAGUGGUGAACCACCCCAGCAACAAGGUGAAGACAGACCUGCAGAGAGCCACAGAGCAGCCCAGACAGCUGUUCUGGGAGAAGCGGUUGAAAGGCCUGAGUGCGUCAGACAUUACAGAAGGGGUCCUCAGGAGCAUGGAGCUUCCCAAGGGUUUAACAAGUUUGGGUCCAGACACGUCAGACGAGACGCUCCUCUCGGCCAUCGCCAGCGCCCUCCACAUGAGCUCCUCCCCCAUCACGGGCCAGACGACCUCGGCUGCAGAGAAGAGCCCGGCUAUCUGGCUCAACACGUCGCAGCCCCUGUGUAAGGCCUUCAUAGUCACCGACCACGACAUCCGGGAGCAGGAACAGAAGGUGAUCCAGGCCCGCAGGUGUCUGGAGGAUGCACUGAUGGUAGACAGGAUGGCGAGGGCUUCCGAAUCCAGCAGAGACUCAGAGGACAAGGCUGCAUAGGAGACCAGACAUGUGUCCUUUCUUCCAAAGGCAGAAGAUGAAGACAGCCAUCCUAUACACAGAGGAGGGUACCUCCACAAUGGAACCCUGGUCCCUAUGUAGUGCACACUAUAUGAAAUAGGGUGCCUCUAGAGCACUAGGGUUGCAAAGGGAGGGUAUAUUACUGGAAAGUUUACCAGUAAACUACCAGAAUUUUUGGUAACUUUCAAGCAUUUUGUGUAAUCUAUUACAAGACAUCUAGUGGCCCGUUUGGAUACUUCAGAUUAUCACAGGUGUCUGUAAUUGUGAAAUAUGACAUAAUUAAAUAAUAUUUUAAAAUAAAAAAUAUAUAUAAUUACAAAGCUGUAAAAUAUUAUCUUAAAUAUAAACCAUCAACUUAGUGAAUAUCAUUGGUGUUUAAAUGAGAGUUUCAGUAUGAAAUAUAUAUUUUUACUUUUUACACUUAUUUAUUUUAUUAUGUCAACAUGUAUUUGUUGUCAAUGUUGUUAAUGUUUAUUAAAAGCAAAUUAUAUUGUCGAUUUUAGAUGUUCUAUUCAUGAAUUAGCCCGUUUUCUCCUCAACCACAUGCUCUAUCUACUAGAAAGUAAUGAACAACACAGAACCACACAGAUAUAAAUACUAUAUAUUAAUAAACCGUUUUAAAUGACUAUAAAGUUAAGAUUGCCGUAUAUUUUUUGGUUUAAUUACCAUAAUUAGUGAAGAUUAUGGUCACUUUGUUAUUAAAUCACCAGUAACUUUGCCUCGUAGGGGACAUUCAGAGUCGGUCUGCUUCUUGAGUCACUGUCAUUGAAACCCAACUCACCUUCAAACCAAAGCCUUUUUGGACUUAACCAUUUUAAUGUACAUAUCUGUACAUACCAGUACAAUGAUCAUUUUACUAAAUGAUUAUUUUACUAAAUGAUUAUUUUACUAAAUGAUUAUUUUACAAAAUGAUUAUUUUACUAAAUGAUUAUUUUACUAAAUGAUUAUUUUUUUGUGUCAGAAUUUUGCACUUAAAUACUAUAUUUUUUAUAAAAAGGCGAAUAUUGAGCAAUAUUAUUUUAUUAUUAUUAUUUGAAGUUCUGGAUUUGUAUAUUGCUAACUAUUGUCCUUUUCUUUGCUAUUUCAUUGGUAUUUGUUGGUUGUAAAGGGAUUGAAUAUACUUAUUUUUAGAGUUUUAUAACAAAUGAUCAACUGCUUAUAUAAGACAUGUUUGUACCCGGAGAGAAAAACAUAUGUGGAUGUUAGUUGCCUUCACUUCAGACUUUUAAAAUAAAUAAAUGAAUAUA